AUGAGAUUUCGAAUGUUUGAAUCUGCUUUAUUGAUUCUACUGCUUCUCUCGACCUCAGAUCGUGGAUUUGUCUCAGGCCAGUCGGAGAAAAAUUUGCUUCUCCAGUUCAGAAACAGCCUAACAUAUGAUUCCUCAGUCUCAACAAAGCUCGUGCACUGGAACGAAUCCGUGGACUUCUGCCAUUGGGAAGGACUGAAAUGCGACUCCAAUAGUCGCGUUUCAGGUCUCGAUCUCAGCAGUGAAUCAAUCUCCGCUGGGAUCAACGACACCAGCACCUUGUUCAAGCUCUCACAUCUGCAGAGCUUGAGCUUGGCACAUAACAGCUUUGAUUCUGUCGAGUUUCCAUCUCAGUUUGGACGCCUCACUGAGCUAAGGUAUCUUAACCUCAGCAACUCCGGCUUCUCAGGCCAGAUUCCUCUGAGUUUAUCAAACUUGACGAGGUUAGUUGUGCUUGAUCUCUCCAACAAAUACUACUCAUCUCUUACUCUUGAGAAUUCCGAUCUUGGAAGACUGGUUCGAAACCUCACGAGCCUGAGAGAGCUUUAUCUUGAUAUGGUGAAGAUUUCUGCAGAUGGGAAUGACUGGAGCACUGCUCUAUCAUCACAUCUCCCAAAUUUGAGAGUUCUGAGCUUGUCUGAUGCACAGCUCCCUGGCCCUCCUGGUUCUACCUUGAUAAAACUGCAAUCGCUUUCAGUUAUUCGUCUUGAUGGAAACUCAUUCUCUUCUCCCUUUCCCUCGUUUUUCGCGGAUUUCCCCAAUCUGAAAGUGCUCACCAUAAGCUCAUGUGACUUAUCUGGUGUGGUUCCUAGAAAACUUUUCCAAUUAAAGAGUCUGCAAACAAUCGACUUGAGUAACAAUCGUGAUCUUGAGGGCUCGUUCCUUGAGUUUCCCGUCGAUGGAUCUCUUGAAAAAUUGAUGCUGAGUUACACUAAAUUUUCAGGAAAUUUACCAGAGUCUAUAGGCAAUCUUAGAAAACUGUCAAAUCUUGAUGUUAGAAGUAACAGAUUUUCAGGGCCAAUUCCAAGUACAAUCAAGAACCUUAAAUUGCUUGUCUAUUUGGACCUCUCCCAAAACAAAUUUUCUGGUAAUGUCCCUUCCUUUGCUUUCUUGAAGAAUCUUAAUGUGUUGAAUCUUUAUAGCAAUGGAUUAACCGGAGAAAUUGGUGAUGACUCCCUCUGGAAAGGCCUUGACAAUCUAGAGUUUCUUGAUUUGAGUGUGAAUUCAUUACAAGGUGAAUUGCCACCAUCUUUGUUUGCUCUGCCACAGCUCAAAUCACUACAUCUCUCCCACAAUACCUUUUCUGGUUCAUCCAAACUCUCAAUAAACACUUCAUCUCCCCUAGAAGUUGUUGACUUAAGCAACAAUGCUCUACAAGGUUCCAUACCUCAGAUCUUCUUCCAGUUGCAGAAUCUCUUGAGCCUCUCCCUUGCUUCAAACAAACUCAGUGGCUCGCUACGCCUCUCGGAUUUCAGCAAGCUGACAAAUCUUGUGAGCUUAGACCUUUCCUACAACAAACUGUCUGUACAUGUUGAAGAAAGAGUGCAACUGGCUAAACUGUUUCCGCGGUUAGAGACUCUGAUGCUAGCAUCUUGCAACCUCCACAAGAUCCCGAAUCUGCAAAACCAAUCCUCUCUGAUGAUGCUUGAUCUCUCCCACAACGAGUUAGAAGGCGAGAUCCCUAGCUGGCUGUGGAGAGUUGGGGAUGAUGGAUUCCUGUUCCGUUUCUUGAAUCUGUCUCACAACAGACUCAGUCACCUCCAACAACCUUACAAAAUGCGAGGACUCGAUUUCCUUGAUCUGCAUUCUAACCUUCUCAGUGGGGAGAUUCCAAAGCCACCGCCCUCAGCUGCAUACGUGGAUUUCUCGAGCAAUAGCUUCACAUCUAUUAUCCCGGAAAUCGGGAACAUCCUUAAAAGGGUCAUGACUUUCUCUGCAGCAGACAAUAAGCUGGUGGGAAGGAUCCCGCCUUCGCUCUGGAAUGCCACCGGGCUUCAAGUGCUCAACUUAUCGCGCAAUGCUCUGUCUGGCCAUAUCCCAUCUGCGGUUGGGAAUCUGGCCAGGCUGCAAUCGUUAGACCUCUCGUUCAACGCCCUGGAUGGGGAGAUUCCGGGAGAGCUUGCAAGACUCACAUUCCUUUCAUUCUUGAAUGUGUCAUACAAUCAUCUUGUCGGGAAGAUACCCCUGCAGAAGUUUCCAGAAAGUUCGUACGUUGGAAACGAGGGGCUGUGUGGGCAGCCUCUUAACGUAUCUUGCGACGGGCGUGGCAGAGAGAUGCACUAUGUCUUGUUGGACUAG